AUGGCUGUUCAACAGAAUAUUCAUAACAAAGGCCACUUUCGUAAUCCGAAUGUCGGCACUCUGGGAGACUACGUUCGAAGAAAUAACAUGACAUGGCGUGAACAGAAUUUUGCGAACAGACAACACGAUCUCGCAUGGUAUCAAUAUCUCCGACGUCAAGCCGAUCUGCCUGCUCAACAUGGUAUUCCAUAUGGUAAACGACAGCCAUCUAAACCGGCGCAUAGCGACGAAGCUGGAAUAAGUAAAAUCGACUUUAAUUCACCACCAGUCACUCUUACAUGGCUCGACCUAAAAGCUGAAGCGCCACCGAAAGAUAAAGGUAUAAAACGAACACUAACCAAAGCAUUCUGUCCCUGGAAAGAAGUUGGCCAGCCGAAGAUGUUACUUAAAGGAGUUAGUGGUAUCGCUAAGCCAGGACAACUAGUGGCAAUUAUGGGCGCUAGUGGUGCUGGAAAAACUACGUUACUAAAUAUUUUAACUCAACGUCGACCCGGUAAUCUGACAGUGACCGGUGAUGUAAGAGUGAACGGGACAAACAUGGGUCGACAUAUUAAUCGAGUGUCAGGAUACGUGCAACAAGAAGAAUUAUUUAUACCGUCAAUGACACCACGGGAACAUUUGUAUUUUCAUGCCAUGUUACGAUUGAAUCGCGACGUUACCAAAGAUCGUCGAGUUGCUCGCGUUAACGAACUACUUGAUUUCUUGAAUUUGAAGAAAGUAGAAAAAACCGUGAUUGGAGAGCCGGGUCGCAUCAAAGGUUUAUCCGGUGGUGAGAAACGACGUCUAUUAUUUGCUUCCGAAGUGAUGACUGAUCCACCAUUACUGUUUGCUGAUGAACCAACAUCAGGUCUUGACGGAAGCAUGGCGUUUGUGAUAUGUGAUGCAAUGCGUAAAUUAUGUGACCAGGGGAAAACUAUAGUGUGCACCAUUCAUCAGCCGUCGAGUGAAAUUUUCGAAUUAUUCGACACGCUGUAUCUGUUAGCAGAAGGUCGUGUUGCUUAUUUUGGAUCAAGAAAGAAAGCUCAGGAUUUCUUUGGCAGUUUGGGUUAUAAUGCUCCAGUCAACUAUAAUCUAUCAGAUUUCUUUAUUCAAACACUAGCAAUCUUACCUUUCGAUAGAGAAGCAUCACUUGAACGAGUUGAACAUAUUUGUGAUGAAUAUGAAAAAACUCCGCUAUAUGCUCAACAUGUCGGGGAAGCAGAGCAAUAUCAUACUAUUGAUGAUGAUCAAACAAAUACACCUAGUAGUGUAUUCAAUCGCUCACCAAAAUAUAAAUCUGGAUUUUUUCGUCAGCUCACCUGGCUACUAUGGCGCUCAACGAUUGAUACACUUCGCAAUCCAUUUGAGUUACGCUUACGUUUGAUGAUCUCGAUCAUUCUUUCGGUCCUUUUUGGUCUGGUCUUCUUACGUUUGGAAUAUAACCAACAAGCGUUUCAAAAUAUCUCCGCUGUUAUUAUGGUAUUAAUUGUUAACAUUGGAUUUUCAACUGUUCAGAAAAACGCUGAUGGUAUCAAUCGACAGCUACCACUAGUUUUCAAAGAACACGACGAUGGAAUCUACCGCACUCUGCCUUAUUAUAUUGCGAGAAUGGUUCUAGAGCUACCUUCAUGUGCACUGUCGAUAUUCAUAUUAGGAACUAUUACUUAUUGGAUGGCAAAUUUAUAUGAUGAUGCAAAACAUUAUUUCAUAUUGCAAGGUAUUCUGAUCUUAUGUGGAAUUGUUUCAGUUUCUGUGGGAACCCUCAUUGGAGUUUCAAUGCCAACACCUGACGCAGCUGCAGCAUUAGUUGUACCCGUUAUUCUUCCGCUAUUUGUUUUUGCUGGUUUUUUUAUUAAUUCAAAAACAAUACCUAACUGGCUCAUUUGGAUCAAGUAUAUCUCAUGGUUAUACUAUGGAAAUGAAAUGGGUCUGAUUAAUCAGUGGAAAGAUGUCACAUCAAUUGAUUGCGGUACUGCACCGGCUGAUGCUUGUUUUAAAAAUGGUACCGACGUUCUCAAUUACUACGGUUUCAAAGAGAGUAAUUACGAUCGCAAUUUGGGUUUACUAUUUGCUAUGUUCGGUGGAUUACAGCUUAUAAGUUUCAUUGUUUUGAUACUACGAACGAAAUUUCAACGAACAGUUGGCUAA